GCUGUGACCGCUUGGGCUUGUAUACAUUUAUAGAUCACGUACACACGGUUUUAGUUCGGCUACACACCCUUAAUCGUCGCAACCUCAAGACAGCUGUGCAACCAUGAGCAGAUUCAAGACCAUCGCUCCACAAGAUCGUCCCACCUUCAAGGUGGCCUUUUUGUACCGCUCUCACGGGCUCAUCUCCCGGGAGACCUUUAUUGCCUUCCAGAAAACUUACGAUGAGAUUGUCAACUGUAUUGUUACUUGCCAAGAUGAAGACGAGCUUUGGAAGUUUGUGCGAAGCAUGUUCAAUUUCGACGACUACGCUGACACAGUUCCAAUUAACGCAGCCAACCUUUCCAUCACCUUCGAUGCAGUUCAACGUCUCAUGAACGCCAUGGCGUUGGAUUGGAACCGAGAUAUUUCCAUCCAGAAGAGGAUCCAGCCUUUUGUGUAUACCAUCCAAGCGGCGAGAGCCCUCGUAGCCAAGCAGUUAAAUGUGGAGCCAAAACUCAUCGCAUUCAUGAGGAAUGGUUCCGACCCUAACGCUGUCAUCAACAACGGAAUGGAUUUUGAACCCGGCGAUGAGGUCGUGGUAUGGAACGAGAAUCAUCCAACAAAUGGUGAUGUAGCGUGGAAGAUUCGCAAAGCACGCUUCCCUAACAUCAACAUUGUCAUAGUCGACUUAAGUGGGGAGACAAAUGAGGAAAAGAUUAUUCAAAAGUUCGUAUCCAAAGUGAACAAAAGCACUCGUAUUGUGGCGUUCAGCGAGGUAUGUCUUACAACCCUUUCCCUCUAAACUGUUAAACAGUUGUAGAUGUAUUAAUCCCAAGUCAUUGUGUUGUGUUCUCUGGCUAGUUUAUUUACUCUCAUAGACUCUCUUUUACCAAGGAGAAUUAAUAGGUGCUUGUGAUCAAUAGACUUGACCAGCUAGGUUUUAUAUGUAAUUUACAGAUAAAACCUACCGAUUUAGUCACUUGUAGUUUUUGGUGGCCAUUUGGUUCUCAAUCUCUUUAAAUAAUUUCUAUCCGAGACCAUUAAUAUCCUUUUUUUUAACGUCUGUCUGCCUUUCAAAAGAUUGUCAGGGGAUUAACAUUUUCAUAAAACAUAAAGCUUGUCUGCUAAAAAAUAGUGCAUUCGUAAGUUGCUUUACACCACGAAAACGAAAGCUUCAGUUUGUUACCCGAAGACCAUGUUAGAAAAAUAAAAUCUCUGAAAAGGUUGUCUAAUAAUAAGCGCUUUCGUGCAAAUGUUUGCUUUUUCUUUGUUUACAAUCCGACAGUUUGGUAACGAGUUAUAGGCAUUUAUUGUUUUGUUCAAACAGCUUAGAAUCGCCCGAGCAAACAAUAUUGAACGCGCUGAACUUUAACUUUCGCCACGACCAGCCAAUGAAUUUGAGAAAAUUAAUUAAAAUUUUUUUACAAAAUAAAGCUCUGUUAGUAUGAAAAACAAUAGUGAUAAAUCCAUUGCACAUUCUGCAAUCAUUUGCCUUUCAAUAUCACUGCUGCUGACACUAAUGCACUUUGCAAAAUCAGAUCAUGAAUAUGCAGAUAGUAAUGUAUUCCAAGUCGUGUCCAUUCAAAUUGAACCAAUGCUUCAAUAUCUUUCUUCCCUUCCUAACUUCAGGCUCUCUGAGCCAGAUACUUGUUUUAUAAUUUGAUUAAACCUCACCGAGACAAGGGAAAAAAUAAAAUGAACAUUUGCUUAGGUGACAUACACCUUAAGCCACCUGAGUGACUCACAGAUCGGAAAGGGCCUCAUUUAAAGUGUAAGGUUUCGGGGAUAAAAAACUUACUCAAUCAAUGUGAUCGAAUAGUAAACAUGUCAACCAACCGCAGGAAUGCAAAACCUCUUUUAACGUAAUUUAACAACUCUAAUAAUUAUGUUAAACUGUGCGCGAGAAACAUCAUACUUUGAUCUAAUUUGAGGUAUUCUUUUUGGCAAAAAGGAUAGUAGAUUCUAUUGUUUUCGCUUUCUUGAAGAGUCUUAAUACAAUCAGGUUAUAGCCAAGAGAUGUGCCUUGGACAAUAAAAGCUUCAGGAUUCAUAGCUUUUUCCUUAUCGGUUACGAGUGCUUUCCGUCUUAUUGUACAUAAGGAAGCCAGACUUACAAUCAAAUAUUUUUCUUUGUCCGUCUCUAAGAGAUACUUCGUAAUUGAAUGCAUCUUCUAAUCCACUUGAUUAACUUUGCGAAAUCAGUCUCGGAGAGUACAGAGUGAACAAUAAAAACUAAUUCCUUUUUCAUUGAAAAUUCAGGUGUCUCACUUGAGCGGCAUGCGCCUACCAGCCAAACUUCUGAUCGAAAAAAUCCACAAGAAGAACAGGAAAGUUCAUGUUCAUUUGGAUGGCGCUCAAAGCUGGGGAGCAUUCAAGCACGACCUCAAAGAAAUCAACUGUGACAGCUACAGCGGAGGGAGUCACAAGUGGUUCCUUGGUCCCAAAGAGACGGGUAUUUUGUACAUGAAGGAAGAAAGUGUGCCAAAUUUCUGGCCCAAAGAUAUUGGGUACAAUGGCGAGAUGAAGCCUCCACCCACCCUCCCGGAUGACUCACUACCACAUGAUGCAUCCAGGUUUGAGAUGGUUGGCCAACGGAACGAUACCAACCUUAUUGGGCUGCUGUAUACUGCGGAUCUGAUGGACUUGAUCGGCUUCGACAGAAUCGAGGAGAGAAUCAAGGCGUUGACCACGCGGCUGAGGGACGGCUUGGACAAGGUGGCGCGCGAACUCGACAAUGUGUUCGUGAUAGAAACUCCGCCGGAAUUGAGCCAGUACCACGGUAUCCUGACCAUCAAGUUUCAAGACGAUCGCGGAACUGGAAAAGGACACAGGCGCAAACAUAAAGGAAAGAAUCAAGAAGAAGCAGAGCCACAAUUGAGCGAAAUGUUGUACGACGCGUUGUAUGAAGAUCACAACAUCGGGGUGUCAACCAAGAAAGGAAAUCGAAUGAGGUUCUCCCCGCAUAUUUACAACACGGAGGAGCACAUCGACCGGGCAGUCGAAGCUGUUCGGUAUGAGCUGAGUAAAGUCCUAGAGAAGUAAGGCUUAGUUUAAAAGUACUUCAGCAGGUACUUUGACGUUUUUUAUCAUCACUUUCAAGAAGAGAUGAUCCAUUUUACGAACUAUAGCUAGUGAUAACAGUCUUUUUUUUAAAACCGGACCUAACGUGUUAAUGAAAGUAAACGUGCACGAACUCCGAAUUCGUUUUCAGUAGUACUCAUUAGUUUUGAACUGAUACUUCAGUAAAAUUACCAUUUGACUUGUACUACAACAGCUGUUUAUCAAUAAACUCAGUAACAAUG